AUGAACGAACCUCCGACACCAACAGGUUUGGAAGCCUCAGGGCAGUCAGGUCUCCUUGCCCAAUUUUCUACGAUGAUCCUGAAGCGCUUCGAGCAGCAGUCCACCUUCGCACAGCAUCCGGAAGCCCAGGUUCAAGUUCCUGCCGGCUGGAAAGUCAUUUCUGGCGGCGCCAUGGCUAAUUACAGUGGGGCCGGUUCUCUCCUGACGAAGUCGAUGCCACUGGUGGUGAACGGGGUUCCUCGGGGUUGGAUCGCUGCAUCGAAGAAUCACUUCAUCCCAGAUCCUUGCGUGUUGACCGCUUAUGCCAUCGCCUUGUAUGAUCCGAAUGAUAAAUGGGAAGUGGUGGUCAAGGAGCAGGAGCUGGGAGCACCGCAACGAAAUCCGGUGAUCUCCGCGAAACUCGAAGAUGGUUUCGCUUUGGUGGGAGGUGGCGCCUACGACAUGUUUACCGAGCCAGGCAAUCUCCUCGUCGAAAGUCGACCCAGUGACGACGGGAAAUCGUGGAUCGCUGGCGGCAAGGACCACAUAGAUGCGUCGCCGGCGAAGAUUAAAGCUUUCGCAAUCGGAGUGCGAAGCGUAAUCUUUGGGAAGCCGACAUGUUCGUUGAAGACUUCCAUCUCCUUUGAAGAUCGGAGUCCUUCUGAGACUGUGGAAGCAUCUACAGGAUAUGCAAUAGGCGAGUACAUGUCUGAGUUUCCUUUUCAGAACGACUAG